GCUCAAUCAGAAAAGUCAAGGAUAUGGCUUUGUUCAACAAGAUCCUUAACAUCCUUCUUCCUAUUGUCACGGUUUGGUUUCUUUUACUGUUUAUGCCAUUUUCAAUAUUCGUCAAGCUCAUCAGCUUCAUAAGGAGAUACAAAGAGUCGGAGAAAGUUAGCGGAAAAGUCGUCAUCAUCACCGGAUCUUCCUCAGGAAUUGGUGAGCACCUCGCUUAUGAGUACGCGAGUAGAGGAGCAUACUUGACAUUGGUAGCUCGGAGAGAGGAUCGUCUACUAGAAGUAGCUGACAGGUGCCGGAGGCUUGGUUCACCUGACGUUGCUGUGGUGCCUAGUGAUGUCUCAGUCAUUGAAGACUGUAAACAUUUCGUUCAAGAAACCAUCGCUCGCUUUGGAAGACUGGAUCACUUGGUGAACAAUGCGGGAAUUGUCGAGGCCAAACUUUUCGAAGACUAUUCAGAAAUUUCAGAUGUUCUUCCCAUUGUGAAUACGAACUUUUGGGGACCGGUCUAUGCGACACAUUUCGCUAUACCGCAUCUCAAGAAAGCCAAAGGAAAGAUCAUAGCGGUUGCUUCGCCUGCUGGAUGGUCUGGAGUGCCAAGGAUGAGCAUAUAUGCUGCAAGCAAAGCAGCUAUGAUAAACUUCUAUGAGACUCUUAGGAUCGAGCUUCAUCCACAUAUUGGUGUGACAAUCGUGUUUCCGGGUCUAAUCGAAAAUGGAAACACCAAUCCGGACCUUUUGGCUGAGAAACAAGACUGGUCCCAAGUUGUGGCCAUCGAGUCAGCAGCUGAAUGCGCCAAAGCGGUUGUUAAUGGAAUAUGCAGAGGUAAAACCUUUGUGGCAGAGCCGUCGUGGAUUCGUGUUCUUUUCUGGCUUUGUGCUAUAUGCCCUGAACUUUUGAUCUCUAAGCCUAAAAAGAAUUGACCAAUUUGUUUCGUUUCAUAUAAUUCCACCAUGGUGAAAUAAAUAUCUGACAUUAGAGACUU